CGCCGCGUUGUCCCCAGGUCUGCAGUGAUUCUGGCUGGUCCGCAGUUUCGCCAGAGUCGCUGUCUAGAAGGCCAGCGUAUUGUCCUUCUCACACUUCGCCGUUAUGGCUCGACGGCCGCGUCUAGCGGCGCAAGCCGCUGCGGCUUCCAUGCGGACGCCUGUUCCAAACAUUUCGGAUAACGAAGACGAGCCUAUACCAGCCGCUACUUCAGCAGAUGCGCCUACUCCGCAAGAAGACGAAAAUGACGGCACGAACGAUGACGAAGAAGAGGACGGAGAGGGAGCCCCGACCCCAUCACGAGAUUCCGAGCAGGCCUCGCGUUCCGCAACCCCUCGACGCUCAGGACGACAGACUUCCCUCCUACCAAAAAGAAAGAGAUUAGGAAGGCCACCCAGACGUUCUGUUGCCGCUGCUUCAGAUGAAGAUAACAAUGAUGCCGCAUCCGAGGUCAGCACCCCGAAACGGCGAGGUGGCUUCCGCGGCCACAGAGGCGGCAGAUGGGCGAAGUACAGGACUGGAGGCGCAAGAGCGUCUCAUGCUCCUGUUGAUGAGGACGGAAACCCAAUGGAGAUAGUCAACGAUGAGGUCUUACUACCCGAGGACCCUGAAGGUGAACAAAAAGUCGACAAGGAUGGCCAUCUCUUGGGAGGACGAGAGUACCGGGUGCGAACAUUCACAAUCCUGGGACGCGGUGAACGACUCUAUAUGCUUUCAACCGAGCCGGCACGUUGCAUUGGGUUCCGCGAUUCAUAUCUGUUUUUCCAGAAACACCGAAACCUCUACAAAAUCAUCAUUGACGACGAUGAAAAGCGAGAUCUCAUUGACCGAGACCUCAUACCACAUUCCUACAAAGGUCGCGCCAUCGGUGUGGUUACUGCCCGAUCUGUUUUCCGCGAAUUCGGGGCGAAGAUUGUCAUUGGCGGAAGAAAAGUGAUUGACGACUAUGAGACGCAGAAGGCCCGGGAACGUGGCGAUGUUGAGGGAGAGCUGGCGGUUCCCGAAGAUCGACUUCCAGCCCCGGGCGAGCCUUACAACCGGAAUCAAUACGUCGCCUGGCAUGGAGCGAGUGCAGUCUAUCAUACCAACCUACCCAGCGUGCCUGUCCCCAAUGCCAAGGCACAGGAUGCGAAGAGGCGGAAGAUCGUGCUAACAAGUGACAAUUGGAAAUUUGAACACGCACGUGAAGCAAGCCGGUUCAACUCGAUGCUGGCGGCCGCUCGGUUAGAAAAUCUCCAUGGCGUCUAUGACAUUCAUACAAAUGCCAUGCACUUUCCUAGCCAUAUGCAACCUACCCAUGCGCGGUGGGAGGUUGUUGACGACGAAAAUGCUCCUGAUAACCCAGAGCAGGCGUCCAAAUUCCCUCGGCUGGACCCCGUAUACGGAAGAAACUUUCGAAUUCAUGACUUCUGUCUCGAAUCAGCUCCUGAAUCAUGGCUGGGCAAACCUGGCUCCAACGAAGAAGAAGGCCUCUCUGCAAUCCCUGCAACAAUUCUGGAAGAACUCCCAGAGGAUUGUCGCCGUGCGUUCGAGGAAGCCAAGGCCCGAGAAGCCGAAUGGCGUGGGAAAUGGCACACCGAGCAGGAGGAUGGACUCAGAGCACGGUUCAUACCAUCGGUAGAUUGGUACCCUAGGUGAAUGGUAGAUCUGAGCAGGAGAUGAUUGUUUUGAUAUCCUUGCAUCUUGCCAUUCAAUGGCAAUGCCCCUGUGUUGGCAAGACCGUUGCAAAAGAUUUGCAGGGAACGCCCACGCCACCCCUUACCGCGGCUUGACAAUGGGGAAUGCCGACCCCCAAACCCGCCUUUGUUUGAGUUCAGUUGCCAUCCAACCCCAGGGAACCAGCAGCACCUGGAAUGCAGUGCUUAAAUCACCGAACGAAAACUUACCCCCCUACCUGGUACCUUUGGUACACAGCUGAACGCUGUGACUUGGCUCAGAUAGAGUUCGACUUGGUGGCCGAGCGCCCAUUUCUCUUGGCCCACCACGACGUUGCCACUACUACUUGAAAAGAAUCAUUACGAACGUCGCGGAUAUGAGAUGCAGCGAGGCGUUGCGUGAUCAAGAGGCAUUCACUCCCACUCAUCUUGGGCCUGGCAGAGACCUCAGUUUUCAUGAAGACCUCAGCAUGGCCAUCUCCCUUUUGGACUCGCACACAACAUCAAUAGGGUUCAAGAGUCGGUCGAGGGCCUUUCUCAGACCACCAAGAUGAAAAGAAAAGUGGACUUGGGCGCAGAGACAUACUCAUGGUAGGCGCCUCGGGCACUUGCAAGGCCUACGCAGUGGUGGUUCAAACGGCAAAGUCUACACAAGCAGCCUGAGGCUGCUUGAUACGGAAUGGACAUGGUUCAGCCUCCAGUGCCCAUGCCGAGUAACCGACACGCACCAGCCUUGGGCUAUGUAGUGCGGCUGUAAUAAUAAUGGUACAACUUCAGCUUGUGUAAACAACGCAGAUAUUGCGCGGUUACACAUCUGUCAGGAGCAAUUGCGAGUCAAGUGGUUUCUAGACUAUGAUAUAACCAUAAUCUGAGGUAGUCAGGCACACCAACGUGGCUGUAAAGUUACUACCUAGGUAGGUAAGAAGCAGACGCACGUAGUCGGUCGUCAUAGACUGCAACUCGAACUGCUACUUCUUGUGACGACGAAGUCGAUAGCGGCGGAGCGGUGGCACGAGGCGGUGGCGACUGGUUCGACUGAGUAAGACGUGAGCGGUGCUCUAAGCUGAGCGGCAGGCCGAUAGUAGUAGAGGAGAAGAUGACGGCCUCGGAUUCCGUAUACGAUUUUACCUAUGCAGGGACUACCGGAUGGUGAAUCAUACCCAUAAAGAUGACCAAUAUAAUUUAGGGCAGA